GUCAAUUCGUUAAGCGUCAUCGCUGCUUCAACUGGUCGACGCUUACGCUUUCGCUUUUGAUUUCUCCCCUUCCCUUCGUACACAGGCUGUAUCUGUAUCACCUCCAUUCACAAUCGCUUGUCUGGGAUCGUGUCCAAAUCCAUUCCCUCUCAUCCAUCUUUUUUGACAUAUCUGAACUGCGCCUCUUUCUAAUACCUGUUCAGCCUUGUUGCGAUUCAUCCUGUGUACUCGAGUAGCUGUAGCGUUGGGGUAUUCUGGGUAACUCGCUUCGAGCUCGACGUUUGGAGUAGACAAUCACUGUGCCAUCCCCAUCCUCUGCCGCCUGCCGACCACCAAGACCAACGUCUAGUUCUGUUCCAACCCAUCGCACUACUCCUCACCGACCUCGCUCUUCUCUUUAUUCCCCAACAAGGUGUCUCACAUUCACUUGACGGUGCUAUAUUUAGUAUUGAAAAAUUCAAUGAAAAUUUUGAAUAUUCUCCCCAUCCAUCACGAGCAUCAGUCAAACGACCUCGGAACAUCCUGCCGCCGCAAACACUCACGCUGCAUUACUGUCGCCGUCGCCAGUUGCGCCUUCCACUCACGUCCCCGCCCAUUUGGGAAGUCGCGAAGCUUUGUACCUAGCUAGCUGAGCCAACGUGACCACGCCCAGUCAGAGGUUUUUCAAUCCCUCCAGAAAACCCCUCCAGGUCGAGCUCAAAAUCAAGCCACACCUGCUUCUGGACAGUCGUCCGUAAAAUCCUUUUUCUCUACCAACCGCCAUUUUCGAUCAAGCAAGAAUACAAUAUGGGUGCAUUUUUUCUGUCCUGGCAGUUAUGGGAGAAGCUGACCUUUGUACGUACUGACCGCGAAGUUCCUACUUGUUUGACUCACUAACAGGCUUUAGGUCUUGGGGUCUGCCAUCGUUGUCGUAUUCGUCAUCGGAUAUUCGAAGCUGUUCUGGAGAAACAGGAUGGUUGCCAAGCAGGAGGUGGUUGACGAAGAGAAGAGAACCCGAAUCCAGCAGUUGAGAAGCAGUGGUCAACUCGUGGAAAACAAACACGAUGUUCCUUUUGGUGUUCGUGCCAUCCAAAGCGGCAUUCAAGUCGACGGUAUAUGGAUAUCCAACACAAGUACACCAAUGCCAAGCCAAAUCAACCUCACCCAAGCGCAAAGCCCAACUGUGUCCAACGCCAGUACCAGUCCUCGCAACUCUCAAUAUACAUCUCAAAAGGUGACACAGGCACCUUCCUCAAGAAAGAGUCGAUCGCCAUUGCGAAGUGCUUCCCCCAUCGAUGUUAAUGUGGAAGAUCCUGCAUAUGAGCAAAGCCCCGGAACCCGCCAAUCAUACAAGCCGCGAAAGUCUUCUCACCUUCGAUAUGGUAGCUAUGGAGAAACUCAAUACAACGACAAUGCACUUGCACAAUUAGAGGGAAAGCCCGGUUCACCAGGAAAGAAGGUUCACGUUCAUAGAUCUAGAGGUUCUCGACAACUGGAUCUGGAGGGCGAUGCUUCGGCCGCAGACAACGAACACUCCUCUGGAGCCUCAUCUGAUUCAGAUGCAACUCUUUCCAGCAAUCUGCGUGUCCCUAAUGACCGACAGAACCGUUAUUCCCCCAAUCGCAACCGAGGCCCGGGAGAAAGUGUUCCGCUUGUGAACAUGCCAUCUGGAAGACCUAUGCUUGACUCCUUGCGAUUCCAAAGUUCCGGAGCAGAAUACUCUCAGGUCCCGCUCAAUGAUACGCCAUAUAGCGAUAUACAGGAUCCAUUCCUGACUCCAGCAUCUAUCGCGAACGAUGCCAAUCCUCUCGAGUACAGAAUGUCGGGGGGCAUGACAAAUGAAUAUCAACCUUUACAAUCCUAUACACCCGCACCAUUUGUUCCUGGCCAGCUUCAUGAAAACAAAAACGCGCGCAAGGUUAAUUCAGGAUUCGAAGUUUUACCAGCAGGAACCUUCACUCACAAUGGUCGAUACGAUCCUCAUGAGGAAGAGUCCAGCGAACGACGACCAGGCAAGCUUCAGAAGAAGAACCCACGCACAUCUAUGACAGGGACCCGAACCUCUGGAAGCAUGGAAAGACCUUAAGGGACAUUCUAAUUUGUAUUUAUUGGCGGCGCGUUAUACGGAUACUUCAGGAUGGAAGAAUUUUGCUGUUUGUUGGGACUGAAAUGGAAUGCAUGGAAAAUAAAUCGGCGUUUUUUUGAGGGGAUAUCAUUGCGGGCGCAAGCUUACAUAGCUACGAAAGGGACAUGUUAUCACGAUUGCGGUGAGGCUAUGGCCAUUGGAAGAUAAUGAGCAUUUUCAACGUCUCUUUUUGGAAAAUGAGAUAAAUAUGCUGAUUAGGAAACUCAUUCUGAUGACAGCUGGGGUAUGAGAUUGGGAGUUUUUUU